AUGCGCACCUCAACUUUGGCUUGGGCCGCCGUCACGGCCCUCAGCGCCCUCACCCGGGCUGCUGACGUCGACGAGUGGAAGUCCCGUUCCAUCUACCAGGUCAUGAUUGACCGUUACGCUCACGACGAUGGCUCUACCGACCAGACCUGCGAGCUUUACAAGUUCUGCGGUGGUACCUGGAAGGGUCUCAUGAACAAGCUUGACUACAUUCAGGACAUGGGCUUCACUGCCAUCCAGAUCAGCCCCAUCGUCCAGAACAUGGACGAGAACACCGCCGUCGGCGAGGCCUACCACGGCUACUGGUCCCUCGACAACUACGCCACCAACGACAAGUUCGGCACCCAGCAGGACUUUAAGGACCUCGUCAAGGCCAUCCACGACCGCGACAUGUACAUCAUGGUCGACGUCGUCGUCAACAACAUGGUCCAGAAGCUCGACUCCCUGCCCCCCAAGCUCGACUACUCAAAGUUCAACCCCUUCAACGACGAAAAGUACUUCCACCCUUACUGCAACGUCACCGACUGGACCAACAGCACCGACUACCAGGACUGCUGGCUCUACCCCUAUGGUGUCGCCCUUGCCGAUUUGGCCACCGAGUCCACCGCCGUCGUCACCGAGUUUGGCAAAUGGAUCAAGGAGCUCGUCUCCAACUACUCCAUUGACGGUCUCCGUAUCGACGCCGCCAAGCACGUCAACGAUGACUUCCUGCCCGGAUUCGUCAACGCCUCCGGUGUCUUCGCCUUCGGUGAGGUCCUGACCGGUAAGACUGAGGACUUCUGCCGCUACCAGACCAAGAACCUCCUCCCCGGCAUGCCCAACUACGUCGAGUACUACCCCCUCAGCACCGUCUUCUUCGGCGGCGACCUCAACGACCUUGCCCGUCUCCGUGGCGAGGCCCGCGACGGCUGCACCGACAUCUUCGCUCUCGGCUCCUUCACCGAGAACCACGACAUGCCCCGCUUCGCCGUCUACGAUGAGGACAUGUCCCUCGCCAAGAACGCUCUUGCCUACAUCCUCCUCACUGAUGGUAUCCCCACUGUCUACCAGGGCCAGGAGCAGCACUUCAACGGCAACAGCACCCCCUUCAACCGUGAGCCCCUCUGGCAGUCCAAGUACGACACCUCCGCGCCCCUCUACGAGCUCACCUCCACCCUUCUCGGCGCUCGCAACAAGCUCCAGUCCCUCGACAAGUCCUUCGCCACCACCGCCUCCGAGCAGCUCUUCGUCGAGGAGACCCACUUGUGCCUCCGCAAGGGCCCCGACGGUGCCCAGGUCGUCUUCUGCAUCACCAACAAGGGCGAGAAGGGCGACACCUACCAGCUCUCCGUCGGCGGCUUCAACCCCGGCGACCAGGUCGUCGAGAUCACCACCUGCGGCGAGUCCACCGCCGACGGCACCGGAAACGUCACCAUGUACAUGAAGGCCGGCCAGCCCCGCGCCGUCAUCCCCUUCGCCGCCCUCGACGGCACCAAGCUCUGCCCCAACGGCACCACCGAGGCUUCCAAGGCCGCCGACAACCAGAACAGCGACAGCAGCAGCAGCGCCGCCCCCGCCUCCUUCGGCGCCAGCCUCGGCCUCAUCGCUGCCUCCGUCGCCGCCGCCGUUGCCCUCAUGGCAUAA